CAUCCCAAGACCCCCAUGGUGGCCAUGGCAGUGACUGGACUACUCUGGGGCACCCAUGGUGGCCAUGGCAGUGGCAGGACCCUGUGGGACCCCCGUGGUGGCCAUGGCAGUGACAGGACCUCCCUUUCCCCACGACCCCCCCAUCCCAACCCCUCUAUCCGUGCCCCCCCCGCAGGUCCACACCCUGACCGGGGCGUUCCUGUUCUCGCUGGAGUCCCAGACCACCAUCGGCUACGGGUUCCGCUACAUCAGCGAGGAGUGCCCGCUGGCCAUCGUGCUGCUCAUCGCCCAGCUCGUGCUCACCACCAUCCUCGAGAUCUUCAUCACCGGCACCUUCCUGGCCAAGAUCGCGCGGCCCAAGAAGCGCGCCGAGACCAUCAAGUUCAGCCAGAACGCCGUGGUGGCCCAGCACGACGGCAAGACCUGCCUGAUGAUCCGCGUGGCCAACAUGAGGAAGAGCCUCCUGAUCGGCUGCCAGGUCACGGGCAAGCUGCUGCAGACCCACCUCACCAAGGAGGGCGAGAGCGUGCGGCUCAACCAGCUCAACGUGGACUUCCAGGUGGACACGUCGUCCGAGAGCCCCUUCCUCAUCCUGCCGCUCACCUUCUACCACGUGGUGGACGAGGCCAGCCCGCUGCGGGACGCGGCCCUGCGCGCCGGCGACGGGGACUUCGAGCUCGUGGUGAUCCUCAGCGGCACCGUGGAGUCCACCAGCGCCACGUGCCAGGUGCGCACGUCCUACCUGCCCGAGGAGAUCCUCUGGGGCUACGAGUUCACGCCGGCCAUCUCGCUCUCGGCCAGCGGCAAGUACGUGGCCGACUUCAGCCUCUUCGACCGCGUGGUGAAGGCGGCGGUGCCGCCCCAGAGGU